UUAUCACUUUGCAUUUACCUACUCCGCACCCAUUGAAUCUCAUCUUUGUGUUAUUAUUUACUAAAAACUCAUAGAAUAAAUUUAUUUAGCACAAACUGUACUAAAUACAUAUAAUGGGCCAAGGAAAAAGCCAAUUUACCGAGGAAGAAUUACAAGAUUACGAGGAUUUAACCUACUUUACCAAGAAGGAAGUGUUAUACGCUCACCAGAAAUUCAAAGCUCUAGCUCCUGAGAAAGUAGGCCACAAUAAGAAUGCUAAAUUACCGAUGACAAAGAUACUCCAAUAUCCAGAGUUACGAGUGAAUCCGUUCAGGGAUCGCAUUUGUAAAGUGUUCAGCUCCAGUAAUGAUGGAGACUGUACUUUCGAAGACUUCCUCGACAUGAUGUCCGUGUUCAGUGAGAUGGCACCGAAGGCUGUGAAGGCUGAACAUGCUUUUAGGAUAUUUGAUUUUGAUGGGGAUGACAUGAUUGGAGUAUCAGAUUUACGAGAAGUAAUCGAACGGCUGUGUGGUCCAGAGCUCAAGUUGAGUGACUCGGAGAUCCAGCAGCUAGUACAGAAUGUUCUGGAAGAAGCGGACUUGGAUGAUGAUGGAGCUCUAUCCUUUGCAGAGUUUGAACAUAUCAUUGAUAAAAGCUCAGAUUUUUGCCAUGCAUUUAGAAUAAGACUGUGAACUGAAGAUCUCUGAAAUACUCAACUCGCUGUCACAACUUGAAACCAUAAGUACUCAUGCAUUCUCGAAGUAAUACCUCUAGAUAUUGUCUCAAAAUACUUUUAUUAUUAUUUACUUUUAAGUUUUUAUGACACUUUUUCUACAAAUAGGUGAGAUUUAGUUACAGUACUUUUUUACUGUGUAACACAUAGCAGCUUAUAAAUUAUAAAAAAAAUAUUUAUAAAUAGCCUCUCCGACUCAUGAUAAUCAUUCUUUUCCUUUUUUAGACAGUAUUAUGAUGUAAAAAAAUCCUUAGGAACUGUUCCGAAUGUAAGAUUGUAUUUCUACUAUAAGUUUUUUAAAAGUAGAUUUUUAUUGUUAUAUCUAUAAUAGAAUCAAUAUCUGACAGUAUUUUUAUGGGACAACUGUCAACAUUUCAUAUUCUUCCGAUAAAGUUGUCAGGUGUUGGAGAAAUUGGCCCUAAAUCUAACAAGGAUUUAUAUGACUUGUAGAAAUAGUGAAUAGGAAUAGUACAAUAAUAAGUCUCAUUUUCCAAUGUUUAUUUAUAAAGCAUUUAUUGUGUUUUUUACUAAUUUUAGACAAUGUAUUUAACAUAAAAAUUGUUUUGUGUUAGUGUAUAAUCAUAGCUUUCUUUAGUAUCUUUAUGUAGUUUGUGAUGUCUCAAUUUUUUUUAAAGAAAUAUUGUAUUGAAAUGCCAAAUAUUUAAGUAUUGACGUUAGUAUGAAUGAGUUUUGUAUUCUAAUGAAAUUUUUAUUGAAGUUUUUAUAGUAAAUCUUUCUUAACUUUAUGUAUAUUUAGGUAUAUGUAUAAUUGAUACUAGGUACAUGUGUAAUCUGACAUUGUUAUUGUAUAACAAGUGAUAAGGAGGAAUGAAGUGUUACAAUGUUGGAAUGUAUAAUAUUGAUAAUAAAAAGAAUAAAAUAGUGCACAAUAUAGACAUAAUUAUCUCGAAAUGAAAUAACAUUGUAAUGAAUAUAAAAAAUAUUUAUUAAACUUAUUUAAAAUAAAAA